AUGGACCUCGUCGCCUCCUCCCGCGCCUACUUCGCCAUGCCCUCCCCCACACCCGAGGAGAAAAUCUCCCUGCAAGCGAGCAACACAGUCUACACCUACCACUGCCUCUGCUCACACCUGCUGCUCGCAACAACAACCCCGCUGCCCUCCCUCCCCUCCCGCUCUCACACAUUCGACAAAGCACACAUAAUGCCCCUCCCUCCCGCGCCCACAAAGUCCUCCGCCCCCAGCGACCACUACGGCCUGCUGCUGUCCACGCGCAUCGACAAGAGCGCCGAGAUCAUCCGGAGUGAUACCGGGUUUGAGAAGAGCUUGGUCGUCGGGUAUCAGUUGGAUUGGCAGCAGUUCAGCGUGGAGAAGAGCGGGCGCAGGGAGGACUAUGUAUUCUUGCUGCCCGGCGGGUUCAUGACGACGAGGGAGAUGGUGUUGGGCCGGCAGGGGAGUGCGGAGGGCGAGAAGGGCAUGGAGAAGGUGGGGGUUACGGAGGUGAAGGCGUAA